CAGCAAAAAAAAAAAUCGAUUGAAAAUCAAUUGAUUACCCCCUCGUGAUCAGAAUCAUCAAUCAGCUCAAUCGGAACCUGGAAUCGAAGUAGAUUCAGGCGGAAGGAUCACCUCACCAGUACGUAUUGCUGCAUGGAGCAAAAAGAGGGAGUUUGUUGCGGGGUAAUUAUGUCUUUUCAAAGUGAUGAUGAUGACAGAGAAAGAGAAUGGUUAGGUUACGUUGAAUGAAUGAAUGAUCAAUAAUGAUGGUCAUGGAUUCCACAUCCCACACGAGCGGAGAAGAACACAGAGUUUCAAUCAUUGAUUAUCUUCUUCCCUUAACUUCACUUCACUUCUCUCUCUCUCAAACUGAAACACCGACAGUCUCAGUCAAACCUACCUUCCGACAGGGAUUUGUCCGUAUUGCCUACGUCGUCUCGUUUCCCCUUUUAUAACUCAACUCUAUUCCAUCAUCCAUUUCUACCUCUAAUUAAUUAAUUAACCAAUGGGUCUCCUCAAAUUUCUCAAAUCCAAGCUCCGCCGGAAAACCACGCCGGCCGUCGCCGUCGUAAAAGAGAGCACCACUUCAAGCGGGAAGCUCCUCAAAUUCUCCUGGAAUCACAUCGAGACUCUCACCAGAGGCUUCUCCGUCCCAAUCGGCUACGGAGGCUUCAGCACCGUCUACCUCGCUCAAAUCCCCGGCGCCGGCGCCACCCAUUCCACGGCGGCGGUUAAAAUCCUCCAGGGCUGCAGCCAGCGCCUCUUCCAGGCUUACCGCCAGGAGCUCGAAAUCCUCCUCCGUGUCGGCCGCCAUGACAACAUCAUCAAACUUCUCGGCUACUGCGAUGAUCGAGAAGAAGGCGUAUUGAUCUUCGAGUACGUCGCCGGCGGCACGUUACAAGACAAGCUCCACCACCGUGACAAGGCGGCGGCGGCGCCACUGCCGUGGCGGGCACGAAUGUCGAUAGCCUUCCAGGUUGCAAAAGCCAUGGCCUAUUUGCACGACGGCUGUACCCCGGCGAUCGUGCACGGCGACAUCAAGCCGUCGAACAUAUUGCUCGACGACAGCCUAAACUGCAAGCUCUGCGAUUUCGGGUCAGCCAAGACAGGCUUCUCCUCAUCGGUGAUCCCCAAUUCGAGUCGCGGUGCAAUGAUGGUCGUCGGCUCCCCCGGCUACACCGAUCCCCUAUACCUAAAAACCGGACUCGCAUCGAAGAAGAACGACAUCUACAGCUUCGGAGUGGUGAUAUUGGAGCUCGUCACCGGCUUGGAGGCCGUUAACCCGACGAGAGGGGAGAGACUUGUAACGAGGACGAGAAACUUAGCCGAUGUUUGGGAGAUGGUCGAUCCAAGAAUUCGCGGGGAUGUUGAGAUGGAGGAAGUUCGAGCUAUGGUUGCGCUGUCGAGGAUGUGCCUUUGCGAGUGCCCCAACAUUAGGCCAUCAGCGAGGGACAUCGUGGACACGAUGAUGAGCCGAGUCCCGUCGCCAAUGUAUUCUUGUCCGAGCAAAAAAGGUUCGACGAAAAGGACAUAG